AUGGCAAGAACUUGCAAUCUUCUCUUUGCUCUUGCAAUUUUCAUUAUGCUUCAUCGCCAUACUUCUUCACUUGCUACUAUUAGCACUGAUAAAGCCGCUCUUCUUUCGUUGAAAUCUCAGAUUUCCUUUGAUCCUAACAACAUCCUAGCAAGAAACUGGUCUUCUUCCAGCCCAGUUUGCAGCUGGAUUGGAAUCACUUGCAGCUCCCGCCACCACCGAGUCACUGCUUUAAACAUAUCUAGCAUGCAACUUCAUGGUACCAUUUCUCCACACCUUGGAAACCUCUCAUUUCUUGUUUCCCUCAACAUAAGUUACAAUGCUUUCUAUGGAGAUUUACCAGUAGAGUUGGCUCAUUUGCAGAGGCUGAAAUUUAUAAGUGCCACAAGUAAUAACUUCACCGGAGCCAUUCUAUCAUCUUUAAGUUUGUUACCGAAUCUACGCUUUGCGUACCUUUCGAUGAAUCAAUUUUCAGGAGAAGUUCCUUCUUUCAUUUCCAACAUUACAAAGCUGGAAGUGUUGAGUAUGCAAAAUAAUUUUCUAAAAGGAGAGAUCCCUCGGGAACUCGGUGAUCUUUGCUAUCUGACCUAUUUAGAUCUGCAAUUUAAUGAACUUAGUGGCUCUAUACCAGCAUCAAUCUUCAACAUUACAACUAUGAAAAACAUUGGUCUUACCUAUAACAAUCUUACUGGUCAGCUUCCAACAACUAUAUGUGACCAUCUUCCAAAUUUGAAAGGGCUUUACCUCUCAAGAAACUACCUCGGUGGUGUGAUUCCACCAAACUUAGAAAAAUGCAGAAAGCUUCAAUUUUUGUCAUUGACUUACAAUGAGUUUACUGGAACUGUACCAAGAGAGCUAGCCAACUUAACAGCUCUUACAAAAUUAUAUGUCGGAGGUCUUCAUUUGGAAGGAGAGAUACCAGUGGAGCUCGGUAAUCUGAAGAAACUACAAGCACUAGGAUUAUCAGGGAGUCGGUUUAGUGGUUCUGUCCCUGCAAACAUUUUCAACAUGUCAUCACUGCAGGCCCUAGAUAUUGCACAAAACAAACUUUCAGGUACUCUACCUUCAGAUUUAGGUUGUGCAAUGCCCAACCUAGAAAAAUUCCUUUGUGGAGGAAAUCAUCUUAGUGGUUUUAUCUCUCCUACUAUCUCAAAUUCUUCAAGACUCAGAAUACUUGAGCUCUCAGGCAAUAGUUUCACAGGUUCGAUUCCGGGAUCACUUGGUAAGUUAGAGUACCUUGAGUUUCUGAGCUUGUGGGGGAAUAAUUUUGUCGGCGAUUCAACAUUGAGCUUCCUCACAUCAUUGACAAAGUGUAGGAAGCUAAGAUCACUCUGGUUUGAUAGAAAUCCAUUGGAUGGUGUCUUACCUGCAUCAGUUGGUAAUUUCUCAAACUCACUGCAAACUUUUGGAGGAGAUGGUUGUAAAUUGAAGGGCACCAUUCCUCGAGAAAUUGGUAAUCUUACAGGAGUGACAAGGAUAGAUCUGCAAUACAACGAGUUGACCGGACAUAUUCCAAAUACUGUCCAAGGAAUGUUGAGCCUUCAAGAACUUUACCUACAAAGCAACAAGAUAGAAGGAACCAUACCAGAUGUUAUGUGCAGUUUGAAGAAUCUUGGUGCGUUAGACUUGUCAAGAAAUCGGUUUUCUGGUUCAGUGCCACCAUGCUUAGGGAAUGUUGCUAGUUUGAGGACACUUUAUCUAGCUGUUAAUAGGCUGAAUUCUAGAUUACCUGCAAGCUUGGGGGGCCUUCGUGAUCUCAUAGAAUUCAAUAUUUCAUCAAAUUUAUUGAGUGGAGAAAUUCCCUUUGAGAUUGGAAACUUAAAGGCUGCAACACUCAUUGAUCUAUCAAAAAAUGAUUUUUCUGUGGAGAAAUUCUCACUGGUGGUCCUUUUGCUAACAUCACCAGCCAGUCCUUCCUAUUCAAUGAUGCAUUAUGUGGUGACUCUCGGUUAA